AUGGGUGAUUUCUUCUGCUUCUCCUCCUCCUCCUCCUCCUUUACAAAAUUCUCUGGUGAUACAAGUCGCAACGGCAGUCCAGUAGAUGAAGCCACGAAGGCCAACAUUCUGAACCAGCUGGUUGCUCUGCUGCAGAGCAAGGGUCUACCGCUUGAAGAAGCUAUGCGGCUAGCAAAGGCCAUGCUGGAAGCCAAACUCCAGGGCAAACCGUUUGAUCUUACCGCAGAGCUUGCAAAGGCCUUGAAAAGACUGUUUAAAACAAAAGGUGCCGCAGCUCUGGCCAGAGCGCGCGGUCGCAAGGGCCCAGGGUCCCCAAAACAGCGGGCCCUCUCAAUCCUCGACUGGCGUGAAAUCCUGCGCUCAGCC